UGCUAGAAGCCAUUGCCAAACUAAACGUAAAUUUGUUAUUAAGCUUGAAUAUAUAUCAAAAUAAAACUAUUUCAAUAUGGCUAAGCAUCAUCCCGAUUUGAUUUUCUGCCGAAAACAGCCUGGUGUAGCUAUUGGCCGGCUUUGCGAAAAGGACGAUGGCAAAUGUGUAAUUUGUGACUCUUAUGUCCGUCCUUGCACCUUGGUGCGAAUCUGUGAUGAAUGUAACUAUGGGUCGUAUCAGGGACGCUGCGUUAUAUGUGGCGGCCCUGGGGUCUCCGAUGCCUACUACUGCAAAUCCUGCACCAUUCAAGAGAAGGAUCGCGAUGGCUGUCCUAAGAUCGUUAAUCUGGGCAGCUCAAAGACAGAUUUGUUCUAUGAGCGUAAGAAAUAUGGAUUCAAGCAAAAUUACUAAAGACUGGGGAUGGCAGAAAAAUGUGAAGCAAAGAGAGCGAUAAAUUAAUUGCAACCG